UAUUAAAUAAAUGAUAAAGUUAAUGAGCCGCCAGCAGACGGCGCACUAGUUACAAUACGCAUACAUGUAUCAGCAUACAUACAAUAUAUAUAUAUCAGCCAACAAACGUUCGUAAAUAGUAGGGAGAAUCCACAGCCGGCAGUUUUAAAGUUACUGUUCAGAGAAUUGCGUCUGAACAUCUCUCACGUUUCUCUCGCGCGCCUUUACUUUAGUAUAUAAAAUUUUUCUAAUUAAAAAUUAUAAUUUUUUAAAAUUCUCCAUCCAUCAUUUCUAUCAAGUGUUAAUCGCAAUAUCAUAAUUUAAGAAAAAAAUAAAUGUAUAGCUCAUAAUAACGCUUAUCAUUUGUAUUAUAAUAAGUGGAUUAAUUAUAAAAAAAAUUUAUGAGAUUCAUGAAAAAUGAAAAUUUUAUUAUUAUUUAAAAUAAUAAACUUUCUAUGUGUCUAAUUAAAUGAUGAUACAUGUAAUAAUAGUGUUGAAAUUAUUAUCAAACGUUUCGAAAAUUUUUCAUAUUUUUUUAUUUGUUUUUUUUCUCGACUUCCGCGCUUUUCUGAGCUGCGCAAUUCACGCUGCAAUAUAUUAUUCUGUUGUCAAGGUCAAGAAUCCGGAUCACCGACCAGUUGUAAAAACUGAUAUUUAAUAUUUAUAAUAACAUUAUAUUAUUAUUUACUGUCAUCGAAGUGUUAUUAAAGUGUUUAUUAUUAUUUUAGUAUAGAAAUAAUGUGUUAAAAUAAUUAUACUUAAACGAAUAAUAUAAAUAAAUUUUUUUUUUCCUAUUCACUGAUUAUAUAAAUAUAUAAUAAUAAAGUGAUACACGUAAAGAUAGAUAAGAUGACUUAUGACAAGGAAAUAAUUUUAAAAUGAAAAAAAAAAAUAAAUCAUAAAUCUGUGAUAAUUAAAAAAAAUAUAUAUAAUAUAAUAAUAAAAAAAAAUUAUGAUUCGCAAGUAAAAGCAGUGAGAAUAAAUUCAAGGCUAUUGUUGCAAAAAAAAAGCUGAAUAAAAAAUUUUAAUAACAAAUAAUUAAUUCGGAAAAUAAACAAGUAAAUAAAAUGCAGUUUAAUAUAUGGUUUUUAACGCCAGUUAAAAUAAACUGAUAUAUAUAUAUAUAUAUAAUCCAUAUAUUUUAUAAUAUGGCGCUCGAUAAUAACUUUAAAUUGAAUGAUUAUUACUCAAUUAAGAAUAUUAACGACUUAAUAAUUGGUGAAUCGAUGCACUCGUGUGUGUUGUGUAUACGAUAAAGUAUUAUUAUUAUUAUUAUUAACAAUAAUAAUAAAUAUCCGUUAUGUGGCGACAAGAUCAUUUAUAUCAAGUCAAUGUGCCGCAAGACGAAUUAUCGUUGCAACUGAUCGAUAAUAAAGAUCCGUUACAAUUAACAACGAUUCAAUCCAACACUGACCACCUAAUGCUGCAACAACAGCAGCAACCAGUUAAAUUGGCAAUGAUGCCAUCUAACAAUCUUUUUGUCAGUCAAACCAUGACUAUGGGGUAUCAUCAUCGUAAUGCCGCAAGGGAACGAACGCCGAGUUCAAGGUCUGUUCCAGGGCCGUCACGUGAUAACGUGAGCCUAGAAUACAUUAGUUCUCGUGCUUCACGUAAUCUCGCGGAAAAGCAACGACGUGACAAUCUCAAUACAAAUAUCGCAAUGAUGGCAGCAUUAGUGCCCAAUAUAGCAUCAAGUUCGAAACGUCAUGACAAAAUUUCUAUUCUUAGACUUGCCGCAGCUUAUUUACGAUCUAAUUUCACAAUUGGCCCUGGUAUUCGUGGUUUUAUUCCGCCAGAAUUCAAUGAUAUUGAUCUUGAGGAAAAUUUUAUUGACGGGUUUGAUGGAACAGGAAGCUUUUUACUAGUCGUAACAAUAACGGGAAAUAUUGUUUAUAUUAGUCCACGUGUGGAAGGACCUCUUGGUUAUUCGCCAGUUGAAAUGAUGGGUAAGUCUAUUUAUACUUAUGUACAUCCAGAAGAUCAUGCAGAGCUUUCAAAAGCACUAACGCCUGAUGAGUAUAUACAACCAAUUAAAAAAAUAACAUAUUACAAUGAGGACUACAGUACUAACGAGGAAGCAACAACCACUACCACUGUCAUGACUAUCCCUACAACAACAACAACAACAACAACAAUUAAUAAUAAUAAUAAUAAUAAUAAUAGUAAUUUUAAGGAACAACGACGUAGUUUUUAUAUUAAAAUAGCACAACGUACAAAUUCAAGAGGUGAACAUACACAAUUUAAAUGUUUUCAUGUCUCGGGUGUACUAAGGUUAGCAGAUUUUUUGAGGAAAAAAAAUAGUCCAGACCAAUCAUCGUCAGUAGCAGCAGCAACAAGUAAUGACAUAAUCUUCACUGGUAUUGCUAAAGUUAUUCAUAAACGUAUUACAGAAUUGUCAUUGUACGAAGCUAAUAAACAGGAAUACAUAACUCGUCAUCUAGUGGACGGACGUAUUGUAUUUAGUGAUCAUAGGAUAGCGUUGGUGGCUGGUUAUAUGUCUGAAGAAGUGUCUGGUGUUAAUGCUUUUCGAUUUAUGCACAAGGAUGAUGUUAUGUGGGCAAUAACUGCAUUAAGACAAAUGUAUGAUCGUCGGGAAGGUUUUGGCACCUCAUGUUAUCGUCUAUUGUCGAAAAGUGGUAAAUUUAUCUAUCUACGUACUCAUGGUUGGCUUGAAUUCGACAGUAAAACCGGAACCUUUGAGUCAUUCAUCUGCGUAAAUACUCUAGUAGAAAAAGAUGAAGGCGAAAAUUUAAUUAAAGAAUUACGUAAUCGGUUUUCAGCAACUGUAACACAAAUAACUGCAACAACAUCCACUGUAUCGCCUUUAUCUACAUCUUCUUCUUCUUUUUCACUUUCAACGAGUUUAACAUCUGGUGUAGCUGCGGCUACGUCAACAACAAUAACAACAACAGCAGCAGCAGCAGCUGCAUCAUCAUCAUCAUUAUCGUCAUCAUCAUCAUCAUCAUCAUCAGUGACAGCAACAGCAACAUCAAUAGCAACAGUAACAGCAAUAAUAACUGCAACAGAACCAUCACUAUCAGUAUCAACCUCGACAUUAUCUACAUCUACAUCCGUUGGUACUAUUAAAAAAUUAAAAAACCCUUUAGUAUCAUCUCAGCCUGAACAAAAUGUUGAGGAUCCAACACAACUUGAGGAUGCUAUUUAUCAAUUAAUAAGUACAUUAAAAUCACCAUCAACAGCACCCAGUUUAUCACCCUCAACAUCUGAUAUCGAGUGUAAUCUUGACAUUACUGAUACUACAACCUCUUCAUCGUCAUCAUCAUCAUUAUCAUUAUCAUCGUUGACAACAGCAACAACAACAACAACAACAACAACAACAACAACAACAACAACAACAACAACAACAACAACAAUAACAACAACAACAACAACAACAACAACAUCAUCAUCGAAAACAGUGAUAGAAAAUUCAUUUAAAUUAUCAUCUCCAAAGGCAAUUACUACAAUAAAUAAUAAAUUUAACGAUAAAUCGAGACAAAAAAAUAAACGUAUUAAAACAGAAUUAUCAUAUUCAUUUAAUUCAUCACUCAGCCUAUUAAAUCAUAAUGUCAAUGAUGAUCAUCAGCAACCAAUCACUUGUUACAAUUUAAAUAAAAAAAAAAUAAUUAAUAACAAAAAAAAAAUAAAUGAUAAUAAUAUUAUUAUAACAAAAAAUAAUAAAUCAGAUAAAAUAUUAAAUUUGAAUAGUAAAAAUUUGAUAUUUAGUGAUAAAAUUGAUGAAGAUAAUAAUGAUUGUGAUUAUGAUAAUUAUCAUCAUCAUCAUUUAAAGCAAUCGAACCAUAUAUUUUUAACAUAUAAUAAUGAUGAUAAUAAUAGUGUAAAUAAUAGUGAAAAAAAAAAUAUGGGGUAUGAUAGUAAAAUAGAAUUAAAUGGUAUUGGUGUUAAACGUCCUGGUGAAAUAUAUAAACGUAAAGAUAAAAGGCGACAUAUUUAUAAUAAAUCGACCGCCGAAGAAUUAAAUGAAUUAGUUGUUGUUAAAAAUAACGAAAUUAUUGUUGAUAAAUUUAAAAUUCAAGCAAAAAUAGAUAAGAAUGAUGUGAUGGUAGUAGAGAAUAAUGUUGAUGAAAAAAGUAAUAUAAUAAUAGAUAAUAAUAAAAAAAUAAAUAGUGAAUUACAAGAUACAUUAUUCAAAUUAGAUAAUUGUAUUAAUUGAAAAACUAAGAAAUUUAAUUAAAUUAAAUGUAUUUAUAAUAACAGAAAAAAAAAAUAUUGUAGAACGAUUAAAGAUUAUAGACAUCUAAAAACAGAAUGUCUAAAAAAAUCAAACUCUUAUUUCCACGUGAUACAAAACGAUAUUAUUAAUAAUUUGAAAGAUGAUGAUAAAUCGUUAAGGAUUUAAAGUUGAUACUAAUAAUAACUUUACCAUUUAAACUAUUUCGUUAAGUAAAAUGCUAUUAAAAUUAUUUAAAAAGUGAUGAUAUAUAUUAAUUUUUAUGUUUUAAUUAGUCAAUUCAUUAAAUAUAUGGUUGAUUGAAUGAGUAGUAUGAGAAUGCCCGAGCAAAAAAAAAAUUAUUUUUAUUGAGACAUAAUAAUUAAACAAAUAUUAUUUAUCGUGAUGUUUGGAA